AUGUGGAGAAACUUUCGAGAGGAGCGGUCCAGUGGAUUUCCAAGGUCCCCUAGGGGCCCCCUUGCCCUUCAGGCUGCAGAUGACGGCCUUGUUUUAGACGCCAGCGACUACACCGAAAAGGCGUGGGAGGCGAUGGGGGCCCUUGGAUCUAUUGCCGAUAAGCACGAAUCGGCGUAUGUCGAGGCCGAGAUGCUGCUCCUAGCCCUUCUCCAGGACGGCCCCGAGGGCCUGGCAUACAGAGUGCUCACGCGGGCAGGAGUUUCCGUCGAGCAGCUCACGGAUGAAGUUCAGAGGCAUUUAGAGAGGCAGCCACGGAUGGCUCUGGGGUUCGGCGACCAGAAGGUCUUGGGGAGAGGCCUCCAGCAAGUUCUUGCGUCGGCUCAGAGGUUCAAGAGGGAAUUUAGAGACGAGUACCUCUCCGUAGAGCAUUUGCUGCUGGGGUUGGCGGCCGAGGACGCAAAGUUCCUUCGGCCUGCGCUGCAACGCCAAGGCGUAAGUUUUAACAAGAUUAAGGAUGCGGUAGUUGAAGUUCGCGGGAAGAAACGAGUGGACACGAAAAAUCCCGAAAUGGCGUAUCAAGCGUUGGAAAGGUAUUCCAAGGACCUCACGAGCGAGGCUCGUGCAGGCAAGCUGGAUCCGGUGAUAGGAAGGGAUGACGAGAUUCGCCGCACGAUCCAAAUCCUCUCGAGACGAACCAAGAAUAACCCGAUUCUCCUUGGCGAUCCUGGAGUUGGCAAAACGGCCAUUGUGGAGGGACUCGCUCAACGGAUCGUGUCGGGGGAUGUUCCGGAUUCGCUGAAAGGCAGACGUGUUCUCGCCUUGGACAUGGGCGCUCUGGUAGCAGGGUCAAAGUAUCGCGGGGAGUUCGAGGAGCGUCUGAAGGCCGUCUUGAAGGACGUCCAAGACUCGGAAGGGGACGUCGUGCUCUUCAUUGACGAGAUUCACACGGUUGUCGGAGCGGGGGCCUCGUCUGAGGGUGCGAUGGAUGCGGGAAAUUUACUCAAGCCUCUGUUGGCUCGGGGGGAGCUGCGCUGUAUUGGAGCCACGACAACGCAAGAAUACCGGCAGCACAUGGAAAAAGACAAGGCCCUCGAGCGCCGCUUCCAAAGAGUUCUUGUCGAGGAGCCUCAGGUCGAAGCUACGGUUAGCAUCCUGAGGGGUCUCAAGGAGCGGUACGAGGUGCAUCAUGGCGUCCGCAUUUUAGACUCAGCCCUUGUGGAAGCUGCCCACCUCGCAAGUCGUUACAUAACAGAUCGGUUCCUUCCGGACAAGGCAAUCGAUCUUGUCGACGAAGCCGCCGCACGUCUGAAGAUCCAAGUCAGCAGCAAGCCCAUCCAGCUCGAUCGCAUGGAUCGCCUUUUGCUGCAACUCGAGAUGGAGCGCAUCUCGAUUCUGGGAGAUGGGAAGACAAGGGAGCUUGAUGAACAAGAGCGUCUAAGGCUCAGGGCAGUAGAAAGCCAAAUCGAGAAACUCCAAGCGCAACAGGCCACUCUGACAGACGCUUGGACCAAGGAGAAAAGUCAAGUAGAUGCCAUUAGGGCCGUCAAGGAGAGGAUUGAUGUCGUCAAGGUGGAAGUUGAAAAGGCAGAGAGAGACUUUGACCUCAACAGGGCUGCAGAGCUGCGCUUCGAAACUCUCCCUGACCUGGAGCGGCAGCUCACCGAGGCGGAGAAACAGUAUAAGGAGGCUCAUGCAGAGGGUCGCCGGCUGCUGCGGGACGAAGUGACGGCGGAUGACAUUGCAGGGGUAGUUGCUGUGUGGACGGGCAUACCGUUGACGCGUUUGAAGCAGUCGGAAAAGCAGAAGCUGUUGACGCUUGAAGACACGCUGCAUGAGCGAGUCGUGGCACAGGACAAGGCGGUAGCAGCCGUCGCCAAUGCCAUCCAGAGGUCGCGCGCUGGACUUAACGACCCCAACCGACCAAUUGCGUCCCUCUUCUUCCUUGGUCCUACCGGCGUUGGGAAGACGGAGCUUUGCAGGGCCUUGGCAGAGUCUCUCUUUGCCUCAGAAGAUGCCAUUGUACGGAUCAACAUGAGCGAAUAUAUGGAGAGGCACAGCGUCUCGCGGCUCAUAGGAGCUCCCCCUGGUUACAUUGGCUUUGAGCAAGGGGGGCAGCUCACGGACGCGGUGCGCAAGAAGCCCUACUCAGUCAUCCUCUUCGAUGAAAUGGAAAAGGCACAUCCGGAGAUCUUCAAUGUGUUGCUGCAACUCCUUGACGAGGGCCGCCUGACAGACGGCAAGGGCAACGCCGUCAACUUCAGGAACUGCGUUGUCAUCUUUACGUCCAACUUGGGUGCUGAUGCACUCUUGGAGAGUGCAGGAGACCCCAGCAAGAGACAAGAAGUCGAAAAGUCUGUCAUGCAGACGGCGCGGGAUACACUGCGCCCCGAGUUUUACAAUCGCAUUGACGAGUUUGUCGUGUUUGAUACCCUCACCAUGCAACAGAUUAAGGAGGUCGUGCGCAUUGAGAUGGAACGUGUAGCGGAUCGGCUGGCAGAGAAGAAGGUUAAGCUCAAAGUGGAAGAAUCGGCGCUUACGCAUUUAGCCGACACCGGGUACGAUCCGGCGUACGGAGCGCGGCCCCUCAAGCGGCUGAUUCAGCGGUUGGUGGAAACACGCAUUGCCCAGCUGCUGCUGCAAGGCGCCUUGCAGGAGCUCGACACCGUCACGCUGAAGAGCGAGAGCAACUCCCUCAUCUUCCAUGUUGUUUCCCACGAGACGGGCCUUGUCACCGAGUUCCCUGCAAGCACCACUCUGAAUGCGCGCCACCUUCCCGCUGCUUCACCGUGCGCGAGCGCCGUGGAAGCCCCUAGCGGCAAGCCGUCGCAAUCGUCUUCAGUCCCCGCUGCAGGGGGCAAGGCUGCGAAGGGAGCCGCUGCUCCCAAAGCCUCCUCGUCUCCUGCUGCGCCACAAGGCCCUCAGGCCAUAGCCCAGCAGCCGCAUGCGUUGGAAGGAACAGAGGAGCAGCCAGACAAAAACACACCCCCGGAGCUGCAAGGCGUUGCGCAGCCCGUCUCCCGCCCGCUCGCAACACCUGUGGCUAGCUCGCGCAAAGAAACGUAG